CUCAAAGAAAUUAUUUAAAUUUAAAAUUUUGUAAUUAAUUUUAAAAAAUGUUUAAAAAAUGGGUAGUUUUAUUACUACUCCUUCCUCUUAAUAUGAUGUGGAUUAAAGCUGAAGAAGAGGACGAUGACAGCGGCAUUGUGGACUAUACUAAUUUAUAUCGACGAAAUCUACACCAAAUGCUAACACACAGAAAUCCAGCAAUAGAGCCCUGUGAUAAUUUUUUUCAACAUGCUUGUGGUGGUGUGCAAAAUGGAGAUCCAAAAACAACCUCCAAUGAGGCAGCGUAUGAUGUGCCACCUUUUCUUUACAAUGCACAAGAUCGUAUGCAAUUCUUUAAGAACACGCGAGGAAAAUUUAAAACGAAAGCCGGCCUAUUACUUCGUAAUUUAUACAAUGCGUGUAAAAAUCGUAGUCAAAUAUAUAAAAACAAAAAUGGUCAAUGGUUACGUAUGAUAAGUGCAAUUGAUUUCUUAGCCGAUAAUGCUUAUAUAUACCGCAAUUUUCCAUUUCUUUCUUAUCAAUGGCUUGAGCUAACACCUAAUUACACUCCAAACUGGGUAGAGUUGGCUGCCACUAUGGCCGCACAUGGCAUACCGACGUUAUUAAACAUAUUUUUCGCUGAAAAUACUAUCUAUAUUGCACCACUAGAUAUAAUAUGUCCCGGUUUUACUACAAUUAGGGAAAGUUUAAAACCGCUUAUGCGAAGUAGAAAUGCGCAAAUUAAAAAUAUAAUAGCACAUGAGAUACACAUAUUCUGCAGAGAAUUAACCGGUAAAAUGAAUACAGAUUCCGAGGAAAUUUUGCAAAACUCUCAGCCAAGUGAUGAAGAAGAAAAUACUUCUAGUGAAAAAACUACAAGUAUAUUGAUUGAUGAGACAAUCACAACAUAUUUUGAAAACUUCUUCUACAUUAAUCUCAACUUUACCAAGAAAGAAUUUGAAUCCGCACGUAAGCUACCCAUUGAUAUAGAACGUUUAAGUGAAAUUCUGAAUAUUAUGCGUAAUGCCGAUACACGUAUUAUGCACAAUUAUCUACUCUGGCAAGCCUAUGAGCAGCUAAAAUAUGAAGAUUGUUUCCUGUUAACAGAAGAAUUCGAACGCAUACUAUUCUCCGAGUACUGGGAAUGGCACGUAUUUUCACCUUACUUUGAUCGAAAUGUAGCCAUAGCUUCCUUUCUCCUUCACACCACACGUUUUCAAAAAUAUCGCCGUGACACCUACAUGAGCGGUACAUGGGAUAAAUUUUUAUUUAAGAAACUCCGACGUAAAGAUUUCAAUAUUGAACGUGUUAUAAAACAUCAUGUAAGCAAGUAUCUGAGUCCUGAACUUGUAGAAAGUGUUUAUGUUGAUAAUACAACCAAGACUAAUAGCAAUAAUUUUUAUACAAAUUUACUUAAUUUACGUAAACGUCAACUACGUAAUACAUUCUUCACCCAUGUCAUAGACACGGAGAAUCUCAAUCAUCCAGCAUAUUUUUUGCAACAAUUCCUCUUCUUUUGCAUUUUAAUGGUUCAUCAGCCAUUAUUUCAUUACUACGCUACACAAAGCUUUGAUAUGUGGUACAAUUCGAACAUAUUGUACAGCUCGGAUGGUUAUUAUUUUGCCUUAGAUUGUUUAGUGGAACAAAAUACUGUUCAACGCAUUUACGAAAAUAGCCAAAGUGAAAAAGUUGAUUUCAAAAGUGAAGCUUAUGAUACUAAUAUCGAUUCUGAUGACUCCAACAAUAGCUUAUAUAAUGAUCUCAGCGCUGAAGAGGUUAAAUCGAUAUUUCAGUUUUAUGGUGCUUUUGUGGAAUCAUACCGGGACUAUCAAUUUUGGUUAGAAGGUGAAACCUUUGCUUUUGCUGAAGAUUUUGUAUUGGAAUACUAUCAUAUUAAUUCCAUAAGCAUUAUGUUUUAUGCUGUAGCACAACUUUAUUGUGGUCGUAAUGACGCUUAUUAUAGCACACUUAUCAAUCGCAGUUUUAUGAAUGCACUGGAGUUUCAAGUUGCUUUUAAUUGUAGCACUGAAGCACCCAUGAAUCCCAGAGUGAAAUGCAUGAUAAGAAAUUAUUAAAAACACAAAUACGAAAUACAGUUAAGAAACAUUUUAAAAAACCCGUCCGUUGUAAAA